AUGAAAAAAAAAAAAUCAUGGAUACUUUUCACCUCAAAAUUAAAUUCCAAAGAGUCAGCUACAAAAAUCUGGAACAAAGUUAAAAUCAUAAAAGGGAUAACAUUGGUACAAAUUAAAACCAUUUUAACAGACAAUGCAAUUCUUACCGACCCUCAUACAAUAGCCCAGUCAAUUGGGCAUCACUUCUAUUCAAAUAGUAGCAACGCCAACUUAAAUUAUGACUUCCUAAAAUAUAAACAAGAAACCGAAACCAAUAAUUCCCCCUUCAUAUAUGAGAACCAAAGCUUAGGGGACAUUCUAAAUGAACCGAUAACAUUAAGUGAACUAAAUACAGGUCUACUAGGAAAAAAGAGUAACAGUUGUGGUUCUGACAAAAUACCUUUUAUCUUUUUACAAAACCUAACCCCAAGUGGCAACCUCCUACUACUUAAACUAUUCAAUCAGAUCUGGCGAUUGGGGAUAUUACCAGUCAAAUGGAAAAAUGCUAUUAUCACUCCUAUACCCAAAAAAAACGAUGAUAGAUUAAAACCAACCGGAUACCGACCAAUCUCUGUCCUGUGUAGCAUGAGCAAACUACUAGAAAAAAUAGUAUACAACAGACUAUAUUGGUUUGCGAAUAAAUAUAACCUUCUAUCACCUUUCCAACAUGGUUUCAGAAAGCACCAUUCCACCACUGACUGCCAUGUAAAAAUAGAAUCAGAAAUAUUGGAGACAUUUGCUAAUAAACAAAUAAUGAUUCUAAUAAGCUUAGAUUUACAAAAAGCUUACGACACUGUUUGGCGUUACAGAGUAAUCGAAUUGCUUAAAAAAUGGAAUAUUCACGGUAAUAUGAUAAACUACCUAACUAACUUCCUAAGCCAAAGAACAUUUCAAUUAAAAAUCAGGGAGUACACCUCUAAUACCUUUGAUUUAGAAAAUGGUGUACCGCAAGGAUCUCCACUCAGUGUCUUUCUAUUGCAAACCGCCAUCAACAAUCUCCCUGACUCCAUACCUAAACCAAUCCAAUCAAUUAUCUUUGCUGACGACACACACAUCUUCGUUAGAGGAAAUUCAAUCUCUUCAAUAACCAAAUUACUACAAGACUGCCUCAAUGAAAUGUCAAAAUGGUGUCAUAAUUCAGGCUUUAUUUUCUCUCCACACAAAACCAAAUGUAUCCUUUUUUCCAGAAAAAGGAACGUAACCAGACCCAAAAUUUACUUAAACACCAUCUGCUUGCCUUUUACUGAAAAUAUUACUAUCCUUGGCCUUACCUUCGAUUCUAAAUUAACAUGGAAACCUCACAUUUUGAAAACAAAAAAAUCAGCCUACCAAAACCUAAGAGUAAUUAAAACUCUUAGUCAUCUAGAAUGGGGUGCCGAGUUUUCAAUUUUAUUAAAUUUAUACAGAACACUAGUUAGAUCAAAACUAGACUACAGCUCAAUCUGCUAUGGAAACUCUAAUUGGCAUAUAUCCAAACUUCUUGACCCAGUCCAUAACACCGGUAUAAGAUGUUCAAUUGGAGCCUUCAGAAGCAGCCCUAUCUCCAGCCUAUUAGCCAUCACUGGGGAGCCUCCACUUCAAUAUCGCAGGCUAAAACUAUCACUCAAAUAUAUAACCAGAAUUUUGUCCACUCCAGAUAAUUCAACUAUUCGUUAUCUAAAUGUAAACCAAUCUCCAUCUGUAUAUGUUUUAAACACAAAUCUCAGAAAACCACUAAGCACAAGAUUUCGCAAAGAAAUGUCCGACAACAAUAUCUCCCCAGACACAAUCCUUCAAUAUGAGACCUGCCUUACUCCCCCAUGGAGUUUAAAUCAAUUAGAAAUUGAUACCAGUCUUAGUGCCCAUGUUAAAAAAGAAACACCCGAAAUAGUCUAUCGGAACCUAUUUAAUGAACUAAUUCAUACGGAUAACCAUAAUAAGACACAAAUCUAUACAGAUGCAUCCAAAACUUCUACAGGCAUAGGUCUGGCAGUUAUACAUAAAAGUUCUACUCAAGCAUUUCAAUUAAAUAAUCAUAGCAGUAUUUAUACGGCUGAAUACAUAGCUCUUUUAAAAGGUGUUCAAACAGCUGUAAAUAAAAAUUAUGAAAGAAUCGACAUCUGUUCCGACUCACUCAGUGUCCUGUCAAAUAUAAAAUCUAAUACUCAGAUCAAUCCCUUAGUCUUAAAGAUAAAAAAUAUUAUACAUUUAUCCAAUAAAUACAUACGUUUCAUAUGGACUCCGGAUCACUGCAAUAUCAGAGGAAACGAAGAAGCAGACAAAGCAGCCCGAAAUGCUAUAAGUAACCCCAACUCCUUAACACUUUCUCUUAUGUCUCCAGUUGAUAUAAUCAGAAACGUCGACAAAUACUGCAUGCAAUUAUGGGACUCAGAUUGGCGUCUAGUUACCGAUUACAAAUUAAGGAAAAUCAAACACUCAGUUGAACCUUGGCCAAAACUCAAUUUUUCAAACCGAAAAGAAGAUGUUAUUGUGAACCGACUUAGAAUUGGCCACACGAGAGUAACCCAUGGAUACCUAAUGGAAAAGACCGAACCUCCUAUAUGCCGCUCUUGCAAUACUCCCAUGACAGUCAAGCAUAUCAUCAUCCACUGCCAAAUCUUCACUGAAGCCAGAAAAGAAUAUGAAAUUCCAGACAAUCUGUAUGAUGCCAUAGGACCUUACGCAGACAUACCAAAAAUAAUAUCUUUUUUUAUGGGCUUUCCUAAAUACCACAACAAACUACAUUUCGACUAA